CUCUUUCCUCUUCUUAUCAUUCAUCGUUUUAGUCGAAAGAGUUGGUUAGCACUUCAGAAGUUGAAUUGAGUUUCUUUUUUCACUCUGUGGACGCCAAUUCUUGAAACAUUGUACACCCACAAACUCCUUUCUUGCUCCUGUGUUCUUAAUUACAUUUAGAGACCCACCUUUCUGAUCAUUCAGUAAAUAAUCAAGCUGGAAUCUUUUGGAUAUCCAAAUAAUUAGGGUUUCAUAUUGCUCUUCUAAUACUUGGUCCACUUAUCAUAGUCCUUAUUUGGUUAGCUUGAGCUUGAAUAAUCUUGCCUUACCCAGAUUGAUAUAGGAGGAAUAUUUUAGUUUUAUGACUCCUUUUUAGAAUCUUUUGUGGAUGUUUUAGUGGUGUAAGGCUGCGUACGAUAGACCCUUGUGGUCCGGCCCUUCCCCGGAACCCGUGCAUAGCGGGAGCUUAGUGCACCGGGCUGCCUUUUUGUAGAUGUAUUAGGCUUUGUUGCUACAGUUAAAAUUUAACUCAAGAAACUCGACUAUUAAGCUUUUGGGCUGAAGUUAACUAGGUGGACUUGGAGGUAUUUUACUUGGUUGAGGAAUGAUGGAUUAUGGGCUUUUAUAAGUCUGAUGUGGCAAUGGGGAGCCCAUCUAGCCCUGCAUUUGGUUUGGAUGAAAGAAAUUUUCCACCAGUUGAGAGCAAUGAUGAUCAUGAUUAUUUUGACGAAGAGCUCACAACAGACAUGGAUAUGUAUGUCGCUGAAGAAGAUGAUAAAUGCUUAGGGCAUUCAAAUGGAGAACAAACACCAAGUGACGAUGCUAUUGAGCCACAGAUUGGCAUGGAUUUCAACUCCAGAGAUGAUGCUAGAGACUUUUACAUGGCAUAUGGCAGGCAGAUAGGCUUUACUGUGCGGAUUCAUCAUAAUCGACGGUCUCGGAUCAAUAAUGUGGUUAUUGGACAGGAUUUUGUCUGCUCGAAAGAAGGGUUUCGUGAGAAAAAAUAUAUUCACAGGAAAGAUAGAGUUCUUCCUCCGCCACCUGCAACUCGAGAAGGCUGUCCUGCCAUUCUGAGAGUAGCUUUAAGGGAAAGCAAGUGGGUUGUCACAAAAUUUGUAAAAGAGCAUAAUCACGCUUUAAUGUCGCCGAGUAAAGUUCCGUGGCGAGGAUCUACAAAAAAAUUGGUCAGUCAGGAUGAGAAAGAUCAAAGAAUUCGAGAGCUGACCCUUGAACUUUAUAAUGAGAGGCAGCGAUGUAAGCGGAGGUGUGCAGCUUACCAAGAACAACUGCAAACAUUGUUGAAAUUCAUUGAGGAUCACACUGAUCAUUUAUCAAGAAGUGUUGAAGAAGCAGUCCAGCGAGUGAAAGAACUUGAUGAACGGCUAGAGGAGUCAGAUUAGCAUCCCAAUAGCUUGUACACAUUUUUUUCCUUCUCUGAUUCUAGCUUGUUACUUUAGGAUAAGUAGGAGUUAUUUCGAUCUGGAGUUAAGCUACUUGAAUGUAAGGGCCAAAGAAACUUUGUAUUGUAUUAUCAUUUGCAGAAACUUUGUAUUUUCAUCUGUU